CAGCCACAUGCUCAAGGAUGCUGCACCUGAAAGUCCAGUUUCUGGAUGACUCCCAGAAGAUCUUUGUAGUUGAUCAAAAAUCCUGCGGAAAAGAGCUGUUCAACCUCACCUGCAGCCACCUCAACCUUGCGGAGAAGGAGUAUUUUGGGCUGGAGUUUCGCAGCCAGGCUGGGAACCAUGUCUGGUUGGAACCACUAAAACCCAUAUCAAAGCAAGUCAAAAUCGACCCCGGCCAUCUGAGAGAAGAGCUGACAAGGUACCUCUUCACCCUCCAGAUCAAGAAGGACCUGGCAGCGGGGCGGCUGCCCUGCAGCGACAAGAGCGCGGCGCUGCUCGUCUCCCACCUGCUGCAGUCCGAGCUGGGCGACUUCCACGAGGAGACGGACCAGCAGCACCUGGCCACCCACCGGUACCUGCCCAACCAGGAGUACCUGGACAACAAGAUCAUGCGCUACCACCGGAGACACGGGGGGAAGACGCCGGCCGAGGCGGACAUUCAGCUGCUGGAUGUGGCCAGGAAGCUGGAGAUGUACGGGAUUCGCCCGCACCCCGCCAGCGACGGCGAGGGGAUGCAGAUCAACCUGGCCGUGACACACAUGGGGGUGCUGGUCCUGCGGGGUAACACAAAGAUCAACACGUUCAACUGGUCCAAAAUUCGCAAACUAAGUUUCAAGAGGAAGCAUUUUCUCAUCAAGCUCCAUGCAAACAUCUCUGCGCUGUGCAAGGACACGCUGGAGUUCACCAUGGCGAGCCGGGAUGCCUGCAAGGCUUUCUGGAAGAUGUGUGUGGAGUACCAUGCCUUCUUCAGGCUGUCUGAAGAGCCCAAGUCAAAGCCCAAAGCCCUUCUGUGCAGCAAAGGCUCCAGUUUCCGCUACAGCGGGAGGACGCAGCGGCAGCUGCUGGAGCACGGGAGGAAGGUGAAGAUGAAGAGCCUGCCCUUCGAGAGGAAGCACUACACGUCCCGCUAUGCUGAGAGGCAGUGCCGCUCCUCUCCGGACCUCCUGACAGAUGUCUCCAAGCAGGUGGAGGAGCUGCGCCUGGCCUACGGCAGCCGGGGUGCCUACCAUGCCAACGGGGCGCAUGCCUCCGAGCCCACGCUGGACAGCCGGCGCCGGAGCUCCGCCGUGGAGGUGACGUUCGCCGCCGAGCUGGAGCGCUCCAAGCCCGAAGCGUCCCCCUCCUUCCUGCCCCACUCCAAAAGCUCGUCCGCUUUCCCCCUGCUCUACGCCGAGCUGGAGCUGGAGCGAGCAUGGGAGCCCGCUGACCUCUACAGCACCCGGAACCCCUUGACCUCCUUUCGGCCCCACCACCAGUUCACCGGGAACAGCAAAAGCACCUCGGUGGGCAACAUGCGGGAGGUGAGCGCCCGGACGCUGGUUUACACAGACGUGCCGUGUCCCCCAGCCGCGGCCACCCCGGCCCUGCAGGGCCUCUUCUACCCGGACAGGCCCCCGCAGCCCCCAUGCCGUGCGCUGGUGGCUGCCGAGGACACAGCCAGCGGGUGCAGCCCCGCAGCUGCAAAACCCCUCCGGCGGAGCCCAAGCGGGACCCGGGCCGGGGAGUUUAAUCGUGAGGCAGCCGAGCCAAGCGUGGCCCCAGCAGCAGAGAACAGGUCGCUGGCGCGUUCCUUUGAUUAUGGCCUGCAGGAGCAGCCUCCCAAGCGUUCCUGGAGCCAGUCGGACAUGAAAACCAUCCGCUUCCCCCACGGCUCUGAGUUCAGGCCCCUGGGGCCGUGUCCCGCGCUGAGCAGCCGGCGGGUGGGCGCCUUUCGGCACGUGCCAGCCCCGCGCUGCUCCGCCGAGCGCUACGUGGGCAGCAGCACCGAGUCCAGCGACUCCGACUCCGACCUCCUGGCCACCGACUACUGCUCCCUGUACGGCCGGGUGCUGCGGGCGCCCACGGCCCGGGUGCGGCUGUCCUCUGGCAGCCUCCAGCUGGACGAAGAGGAUGAGGAGGUGUCCUUUGCCACCGGCGCCGCUGAAGAGAGGACUUCGAGGGGGGCCUCCAGCUGCAGGGAAGCACACUGGUGGGAAGGGUGUUUGAGGCCCAUUUGGAGAGGAGUAGGAUGGCCGGAGGAGGCUGGUCCUGGAGCUGAUCCCCUUGGACAGGGGCACGGCGGCCCAGCAUGGAGCCCGUCUCUUCCAUUCUGCUUCUCCUCCCUCCAACGCUGCAGGGAGCGCCCGGCCCCCGAGGACAAAGGUUGGAUGUUUGGGGUGCUCCUUGCAGAGCUUGGAGCCACAAAGGAAGCAACUGCUCUGUCUCCUCCCUGGCCAGUUUAGAGGAUUAUCCUUCCGUAAGAAACAUCUCAGCAGUGCUUGUAAAUCAUUUAGCAGCAGCCCACGGUGAGCUCGGGGAAGUGGGUUAAUGGUAUUAUAUAGCUCUGCUUUUCUGAGGCCCAUAAGCUGUCAUUUUCUGACAGCACCUCCACAGCACUGGUACCUCAGUACCCUGCUUAUAUCUGCGGGAGCAAGGCAUGUAAGGGGGUCCUUUGCUCCCCAAAAUCAGGACUCAAGCAGAAUGGUGAAAAAACAGCUCAAAAGAGGGAAGAAACAGGCAGCUGGUGCUCAUCCUUGGCGUUAGAAGUCUGCUGUAACCAUGGUGCUUUGAAACUUUCCUGUUUGCUACAUGAGUGUAAUGUUAUUUUUACCAGGGCUGUUUCUAGCUAUAAAGAAGGAGCAGGAGGUGGCACUGCUCACCAUUCAUGGGGCAGCAGGAGGGAGAUUCCCGAUUUAUCCACUGCUUCCUCGAAGUGAAAAGGUACUAAGAUACUUCUUGGAAGUAUUUUUAUUACAAAAACUUAUUAUUACCCUAAGCCUACAUGAAAUCUACUCAGAAAACUGGAGAAUGAUGACACCUCUAUAACAUUUUAGGGGAGGAUCUUGUUACUUUUUUUUUAAGAACCACCAGGUAUCUGUAGGAUGUGGUUGUGAAGAGAGAGACAGCCCAGUAAAUCCAGAGUUGAGAAACCACUGCGACCUGCUGGAAAGGAUUUCAGAAACAAGGAG